CAGAAAGCAGGCGAGCCCGGGCCGGCGCGGGGCCUUGUGGGAGGGCUUAAGGAAGUAAAAUGGCGGACCUGGCGAACGAAGAAAAGCCUGCCAUUGCUCCGCCUGUCUUUGUGUUUCAGAAGGAUAAAGGACACAAGUCCUCUGCAGAGCAAAAAGAUUUGUCGGAUUCGGGAGAGGAGCCUCGGGGGGAGGCUGAGGCCCCUCACCAUGGCAUGGGUCACCCCGAGUCAGCGGGUGAGCAUGCCCUAGAACCUCCCGCCCCCGCUAGUGCUCCAGCCAGCGCUCCUCCGCGUCCCGCUCCUGAAGCCCAGCUUCUUCCUUUUCCACGAGAACUGGCAGGGAGGUCAGCUGGAGGCUCCAGCCCAGAAGGGGGAGAAGAUUCCGACCGAGAAGAUGGAAAUUAUUGCCCUCCUGUCAAGCGAGAAAGAACAUCAUCUUUAACCCAGUUCCCACCUUCACAGUCAGUAUCAAAAAACAAUGUCUUCAUGCCAUCAACCUUCUGUGAAUCAUCUGCAGGCAAUUCUGACUCGGAGCCAGGUGAGCCCCCUUCACAGCCUGUCAUUGGGAGUAUUGGCCGCGAUGAAAGGCAGGCGUCCUGUAAAAUAGGAUCCUCACCAGGAAUGCACACGGCUUGUCCCUUCUCUGUGUGUGUGUGUCUUAAACAGGAGAAAGAGCCCCAGAAAAAUGAGUCUAGUAGCACUUCUGAGGAGGAGAACUGUGAGAGAAAGGAACAAGCUGCACAGCAGGCGUUUGUCUUUGGACAGAACUUGAGGGACAGAGUCAAGUUAAUAAAUGAGAACACAGACGUAGCUGACGUGGAGAAUGCUGGGCACCCCAGCUCAGAAACGCCAACCGCAACGAACUACUUCCUCCAGUACAUCAGCUCCAGCUUAGAGAACUCGACCAACAGUGCCGAUUCAUCCAGCAACAAGUUCGUGUUUGGCCAGAACAUGAGUGCACGCGUUUUGAGCCCGCCAAAAUUAAAUGAGGUCAGCUCAGAUGCCAACAGGGAAAACACGGCCGCCGAGUCCAGGUCCGAGUCCUCUUCCCAGGAGGCCACCCCCGAGAAAGAGUCCCUGGCCGAGUCGGCAGCCGCCUACACCAAGGCAACAGCUCGGAAGUGUUUGUUGGAAAAAGUGGAAGUCAUCACCGGGGAGGAGGCAGAGAGCAACGUGUUACAGAUCCAGUGUAAGCUGUUUGUCUUUGACAAAGCCUCACAGUCCUGGGUGGAGAGAGGCCGGGGGCUCCUCAGACUCAACGACAUGGCGUCUGCGGACGAUGGCACGUUACAGUCCCGGUUAGUGAUGCGGACCCAGGGGAGCCUGCGGCUGAUCCUUAACACCAAACUGUGGGCGCAGAUGCAGAUCGACAAAGCCAGUGAGAAGAGCGUGCGUGUCACAGCCACAGACACGGAGGACCAGGGCGUAAAGGUCUUCCUCAUCUCGGCCAGCUCCAAGGACACAGGCCAGCUGUAUGCAGCCUUGCACCACCGCAUCCUGGCCCUGCGCAGCCGUGUGGAACAGGAGCAGGAGGCCAGGGUGCCCGCCCCUGAGCCGGGGGUGGCCCCGUCCAAUGAAGAGGAUGACAGUGAUGACGAUGUCCUGGCUCCCUCAGGGGCCACAGGAGGCGGCGCCGGUGAUGAAGGGGACGGGCCCACGGCCGGGAGCACAUAGCGGCUGGGCCGCCGCACACAGGCUGCUGCUUUGUCCGUCUGUCCGCCCGCCCGCCCUCGCCCCUCCCUGCGGCAGCGUCGCGGCAGCAUCGGGGCGCAGACUCGGAACCACACCCCUGUUGGGUCGCCACAGUUUGGAUCCGCACGUCCUGUCCCAAAGCAGACUCGGAAGUGCCCGGUGUGGCGUGGGCACGAGACCUCAUCAUAUUGAUGAGCAGAACACAAGGACCUUUCUCCUCCCCCUUUGAAUUGAAAUGGCACAUUAAGACUUGUCAUGGCUUCUCACUGGGACGGGCACCUCGUCUCUCCCCCUCGGGUCGCGGCCUUCAGGCCACUGGCCUCUCUCCACUGCCACCGCCUGCUGAGAUUCUGGCAUGGGGGUCCCCGCGGGCCACAGCUAGGCGUCGGCAUCUCUCCCCCGAAGUGUAAACACUGGGCCUGUCAGACGUUCUGUAAGGACUCUCCACCCCGUGUCCCCGUUCUCAUUUGGGGUUCAUAUUUUGCAGAUCUUUAUUUUUUUUUAUUUUCCAAGGAUGAGUUUCAGUUUCUUAGAUGCAGGAAAACGCUCCCAUUUGCUGAGCAGCCACUCUGUCCCAUCGUCCACACCUCGUGCUCCUGGCCUUUGUGCAGGGCCUGGGCCUUACUGGGGCUAGGGCUGGGGCAGCAGGCCGCUCUCGGGGAGACCCCACUCGUUCCCCACCCCAACUUCCUUCAGGCUGAGUCAGGGUGGUGAGGGUGGCCUAGUUCUGGAGAGAACCUAUCUAAAGGGUC